AUGUCACAAUUAGAAGAAAAGCCAAGAGUAUUUUUGGAAGAAUUUCGUGUAAAGAAUUCCCCUGAUGAUUAUGGAAUGGCUGAUGAAAAAUGGAAUUUCAAAAAAUUUGUUAAGAACUUUCGCAUAGUUAUAGUACGGAUGGACAAUGCCGAAAUGGAAUUUGAUUUAAUUGGAAUCCAACCUGCAUUUGCAAAUGCUUUCCGCAGACUUAUGUUGAGUGAAGUACCUAGUAUGGCUAUUGAAAAAGUAUUGAUAAAAAAUAAUACAUCAAUUAUACAAGACGAAGUACUAGCACAUAGAUUGGGCCUAAUUCCUCUUAAAGCAGAUCCUAGAUUAUUUGAAUAUCGCCCAGAAGAUGCCACUGAAGGAACAGAAUUUGAUACCUUGGAAUUUUCCCUAAAAAUAAAAUGCACAUCUAAUAAGUCACAAAAUAAAGAUUCUUUUAGAGCUGAAGAUCUGUAUGAAAAUCAUAGUGUUUAUUCAUCAGCAAUAAAAUGGAAUGCUAUUGGCAACCAAGCAUCUGUUCAUAAAGAGGCAGAUAUUGGCCCAGUACACAAUGACAUUCUUAUAGCCAAGAUGAGGCCUGGCCAUGAACUAGAUCUAAAUUUAAUUGCGGUUAAAGGCAUUGGCAAGGAUCAUGCAAAAUUUUCACCUGUUGCGACAGCAUCCUACCGCUUACUGCCAGACAUAACCUUGACACGUGAAGUAACUGGAAGUGAAGCAACACUUUUGCAAAGCUGUUUUUCACCUGGAGUCAUUGGACUAGAUUCUAAUGGCAAAGCACACGUAAGAGAUGCGAGAUACGACAGUUGUAGCAGAAAUGUAUACAGAUAUGAUUGUAUAAGAGAUGCUGUUAUAUUAAGCAGAAUUAGAGACCAUUUUAUAUUUAAUGUGGAGUCAGUUGGAGCUAUGCCACCAAACAUCAUAUUUGUAGAAGCCAUUAAAAUACUUAGAGACAAAUGUAAGACAUUGUUAGAUGAAUUAAACAAUUUU